AUGGCCUCCAUCCCUGAGCUUGCCUGCAUUAUUUACUCAGCUCUUACUCUGCACGACGAUGACGUGACCAUCACGGCCCUGGCCAUUGUCAACAUUGGGAGACUCAUCUGCAAGGUAGGGGCUGGUGGAACUGCUCCAGCAGCUGGUCCUGCACUAGUAGGAGGUCCUGCCCCUUCUACCACUGCUGCCCCAGCUGAGGAGAAGAAAGUAGAAGCAAGGAAAGAAGAAUCUGAGGAGUCUGGUGAUGACAUGAGCUUUGGUGUUUUUGACUAA